GUCUCUUUCUUUCCUCUUCUUUCUCUGCGGCCCGGAAAAACUCAGCUCAAAAUUGGCCGUCGACUGCUCUCUCAAAAACAGUCUAAGCGAAGAGGAAUUUAAAGUAAGCAGCUUUGUUACUAUCAAGCGAAACUAGCCAUUGGGCUGAAUCGAUUCAAUGGGGAUAAACUUCCGUUUGCCCUUACUGAGCUUUCAGUUCUCCGUGUUUAAUUAUCUUCGGAUAUCCCUAUCUUUUAUCUUUCCCUGUGACAGGGGAAUGGCGGCUUCUCUGCAGAUCACUUGCAAGCCAGUGAGCACAGCGUUCCGGGUUAACCCUGCUUCCAAAUGCUCCCGGCGACCAUUCAGUGUAAGCUGCGCGGCGGCGAAUGGGCCACAGAAACGUUAUUCGAUUACUCUCCUUCCUGGAGAUGGCAUUGGCCCCGAAGUCAUCUCUGUGGCCAAGGACGUCCUCAAGCUUACUGGUUCUCUUGAAGGGAUUGAGUUUAACUUCCAAGAGAUGCCUAUGGGUGGAUCAGCAUUGGACUUGGUGGGAGUUCCAUUACCGGACGAAACCUUAGCAGCCGCUAAAAAUUCUGAUGCAGUUCUUCUUGGAGCAAUUGGCGGGUACAAAUGGGACAAUAAUGCCAAACAUUUGAAGCCCGAGACUGGAUUGCUCCAGAUUAGAGAAGGUCUCAAGGUCUUUGCAAAUUUGAGGCCAGCUACUGUCCUGCCUCAGUUAGUGGAGGCUUCAACUUUGAAGAGAGAAGUUGCUGAAGGUGUUGAUGUUAUGGUUGUAAGGGAGCUUACUGGAGGUAUUUACUUUGGCAAGCCAAGGGGAUUUAGAACAGAUGAAAACGGCGAGGAAGUCGGUUUCAAUACCGAGGUUUAUGCAGCAUAUGAGAUUGAUAGGAUUGCUCGUGUUGCAUUUGAGACUGCAAGGAAGCGGCAGGGAAGGCUUUGUUCUGUCGAUAAAGCAAACGUCUUAGAGGCAUCAAUGCUGUGGAGAAGGCGAGUAACUGCCAUUGCAGAAGAGUAUCCCGACGUUGAACUCUCGCAUAUGUACGUCGACAAUGCAGCAAUGCAGCUUGUACGGAACCCGAAACAGUUUGAUACAAUAGUGACGAACAAUAUCUUCGGUGAUAUACUUUCCGAUGAGGCCUCUAUGAUCACUGGUAGCAUAGGGAUGCUUCCAUCAGCUAGCCUUGGAUCUUCGGGUCCUGGACUUUUCGAGCCAAUUCAUGGUUCUGCUCCCGACAUUGCUGGACAGGAUAAAGCAAAUCCACUGGCGACUAUUCUCAGUGCUGCAAUGCUUUUGAAGUAUGGCUUAGAGGAAGAAGAUGCUGCAAGGCGGAUCGAGAAUGCUGUACUUGAUACACUAAACAAGGGGCUCAGGACGGGAGAUAUAUAUUCAACGGGCACUAAACUGGUUGGCUGCAAGGAAAUGGGAGAGGCAGUGUUGAGAUCAGUUGACUCUCAGGUUCAUGCUGCUGUUUGAUCUGGAUAAAGUAGUUGUUUGUAUGAACUGGAAAAUACAGUUCUGGGUUUGUAUUGUUUCCAUCUUCUUUGUUGUUACUUGGUGCUUACUGAGGGAAUUGCAUUGGUCUUCUCUUUCUAUCUCUCCUUGGCCCUUGCUAUUUGAUCAACAGAUUUUUUUUUUUUUUGUAGAAAUCAACAGAAUAUUUUGUGUUUGGUUUAGAUGUAUCUGCUUAUUUUUGGAAGUAAUCAAAACAUUUCUCUUGUGGAUAUGGGACACUUAGAAGUUAGAACUAUCCAGUCUAUUUGAAUGACAAUGCGAAACAUGAGAGCAAGACUCGAGUGCUGGUGAUCCAGCUCGUUGAGCGGACAACAGUCGCCACUGAAUCUAGCUGUAGUGACUAGUGGUACAUGUAUGUGGCCAAGCUGUUAGGCCACCUUGUGAUCUUACUUCAAUAGCCUGAUGUUGCUUCUGCUUCAAUAUCACAAGCAACAAGGACACGCUCACCAUCAGUAUCAACACUAGAUCAGGUGUCCGAAUUGACAUGAGGGUCUAGACUAAUGGUGAUCCCAGCUAGUUCCAAUCAACAAGAAGAUCAACA